AUGGGCGGUAUUGGAAUCUGGUGCAUGCACUUUAUUGGCAACCGGGCAAUCGUUCUCGGUACUGGUGAGCAGGAUAUCCAGAUUCUAUAUAAUGUCGCCUUUACCGGAACAUCGUUCGUGCUACCCGUGAUCGUGCUACUUGCUGCGUUCUACUCCGUGGGCGUUGAAGAGAAAGCGGGCUAUCUGCGAAUUCUUACCGGAGGCCUGUUGACUGGAAGCUCGGUGUGUGGCAUGCACUACGUGGGACAACUCGGGAUUUCGAACUAUAAGUGCUCGUACCAGGUCGCCAACCUGGUCGGGUCUGCUAUCAUCGCUAUCUCCUCCAGCACUGUUGCCCUGGGGAUCUUCUUUCGGUGGAGGGCGACUUGGACAGAUAGCUGGUGGCGGCGCUGCCUUUGCGCCUGUUUCCUUUCAUCUGCUGUGUCGGGCAUGCAUUGGACUGCGGCAAUCGGCACCUCCUAUCGAGAGCGUGAUGAGUCGAUUCAACAUGGGACUCAAUUGUCCCGAAGCCAGGUCGUUAUCAUCUGCGCUGUAUUGGCCUGUGUCUCGUGCGUGAUUUUGUCUGCCUGCGCGAUCAUCGCUGGUGGCAAUCGCCGACGAUCGACUACUCGCGCCCACCAGCUCGUCCUCGCCUGCGCAUACUUCGAUCCGGCUGGACGAGUUAUGGUUACACCGCAUGCCCUUCUCCCGACACGAAAGAUUGUGGAUCAUUACAUUGGCCGAACCUUCAAAGAUGACGACCUCACCCGAACUCACCCUACCUUCCUUUGGGCCUUUAGGGCUAGCCGCAACUGGCCCGUCGUGAAAGACCUCAUUCCCUUCAUGCGUAACCGCCUGGAGUCCGAAGGGCGAGCCAUCCAACAACACGUGCUAUCCCGUGGAGUGGUUAUGGACAAGGAGACCGAGUUGCACACAGACUUUGACACGCUUUUCAAGCAGCUCUUCUGCGUGACCGCUCAAGAACUUUCGAACGAACUCCGUCAGCCCCUAUCCGAUUUGGGAACAUUAUACGAUGAUGUUCUCUCCACUGCCAUUCCAGUUUCCCGCCUUUCGCGCGCAAUAGGUCGUUCGUCGCUGAGGACGGGUAAGGGUCAAUUGAUAUUCAGUGUACGGCAAUUGCAGAAGCACGAGGCCGUGCGUUUCGCCUCGCUGGGAUUCCGGUUUGCAACUAUUGAGCAUGUUACAUCGACAUUAUCUCGCCGUAUUCACGUCCCUGAAGCGGCUCUAGGGGAGCACCUUCGCGAAAUGCGUGAUUAUGCAAGCUCGAGCCGGGGCUUUGGAGAAGGCGUGCACCUGAUCUCCUAUGUGAUGCGGCCCACACUUCACGACCACUUCGAGAUUCUCACCACCAAGGGAACUGGAAAUCCACUGCCCUCCUCCACACUACCUAUCAAGUGCCUGUCUGUUCACCAUUUGGAUUUGAUCUCCCAUAUGGACGGCUGGUCCAUGAACGCAUGUUUGAAAUACCUCCAGUCGAAAGCUGCCCAACAGACCGAUAAGAACCUGGAGGAAUUCCGCGAGCAACUCGUGUACGGCAUCCUGUCACUUGCGCGAUCAUUGCCAGAGGAGAUGCGCUCAACAGCGACAUUUGCUUCCAGACCUCUCCUCGCACCAUGUCGCGCUGCCAUGCGCCAGUCGGAAGAGAGCCAACAUCCCCAACAAUGCACCCUCCUCACAUUUUGCGUCGCCGGUACGCUCGACACGCAAGUCCCCAACCCUGACCUCACCUUCACUCCGUUCCGCCUCUUCCGCGUCCAGCAGCAGGUAAACGACAUCGUCGCUGAUCGUGACGGUUUCUCUCGCGAGCUGAACCAGGAACUCUUCUGCACCGACGUCCGUUCGGGAUCUUCUGUCACAGAGUCAGAUGUGAUUUCCCUUCCUCGCUCCGCCAUUAUGAAGCUCUGGCCAUCGCGGAGACACUCCGUACGCCGGACAGUUGGACAGUCUCAGGAAUCACUCGUCGAGGCUCCCGCAAAGAUGCUCGGCGACAUCACAGUGCAGAAGGAGGUUCGCGUCGACGUAACUCGGAUCAAUGAGAAUGCUGCGCAGAACCCGACCCGCACGCACGAUGCGAUCAUUGCUGCCGGUGACGCUGUUGCCACACCUACGACCUAUGUCGAUGAACUGUAUAGUCUUUGCUAUGCGCCGGGGAUUCGUGCGCCGGGGAUCCGCCUGCCGCCGUCGUCACUACACGCAGCGGCGGCAGCGCGCAGAUCCGAAAUUUCAUGA